AUGUUAUUAUUUGUGUUGCUUGUGUGUGUGAGUGCAAAACAACCGACAAUCGACGAGUAUUUAGGGCGCAAGAACAGCACCACGUGUGUAUUUACAAAGGAUAUAUGUGACAAGUGUAUCAAUACAAUUGCAACUCAAAAGGAUUAUUGUGACGCACCAACGGAUGCCGAGCAAAAGUGUAUUUGCUCAACGUUUCGAGGGCAGUGGCGAAUCUUCUUUGAGGACGUAGAAGACACCAUCCGAUCACAAUCAAACGCGUGUUCGUUCAUUUGCACGAACGGGACGGUGCCCUUUGGAGCGAAUGAAACCACCGUCGCCGCGACAAAAAAGAUGUCGUUCAACGGCGCAAUGACAAAUACGUUGGUUGGGGUGCUUGCGCUUCUCAUUGCCUUGUUGUAA